AUGCGUGUCUGUUAUCCUUCAGGUAAUCACUCCACCACGGUUGCUGAUGCACCCAGUGAUGCACCAAUUCAGCACUUCCCCUCCGUCUGCCCCUUCCCCGACCUUGCCCUUCCACCUUCGCUACCUCCGACGCCCCCAAGCAGCUUACAUUAUUCCCCCGUCUCCACUAGCCUCGCCGUGACCUUCCGUCGGGAGUUAGCUCCCGAAGGAACAACAUCGAGGACAACACUCGGUGUCGCUAGUACAUACAUUGUGGCAGACGAAGUCCCUGCCUUCAACGACCGGAAAUGUGGCCUUCUGGUUCCGAGGCAGUCAGCUCAGCCUCACAAUUUGAAGACAUAG